UUUACAAGAAAUAAAAAAACGGAUCUACUCUAAAAGAAGUUAUAAACAUGAUUAAUACAUAUUGUGAGAAAAAAAGGUUGAUAAUCUGAUGAUGCAUGUAAUACUUAUGUAAUAACAGGUAUACCGUGAGAUGACUCGCAUGUUUCUUUGGGAAUAUUUUCAAAACACUUUGUAUGAAAAUAAGUAGAAAAUGUAUAAAUUCAGAUUUGCCGAAUUCGAAAGGUACGAGGGAGUUCUUGGUAUUAUUGCUCAAUGGGUUUAUUUGAUCGCACGGCAUCAUGCCCGACGUGUGACGAGAUAUGAACGUUCGUUCUCACGAUCAACCCCCUAUUCUUAUCGAGCAACAAUUAUUACUACUAGGGUUGACUGAAUGGCCUCGAAUUUACAAAACUAAUGCGGAAAAAACAAUUCCAUUUUAAAUUAACUUUUCAAUUGCAUAUAUCAUUUACUAAAUAUAUCUAACAAUAAAUAAACAUGAACAUUAUAAAAUAUGUACAUAUAUUGGUUGAUCGGAACUUAAUCAAAUAUUGUUUUUAACUCAUUGAAUAAAAACACUUGUUUCUGCAAUUACGUUCUUUUCUUCUGAAGGUUUCAAGUAGUCAAAUGAUAAGAUUUGUUUAAAAAUCAAAUACUCAUAAAAACUACUAACGCUUUUAGCAACAUUCUCAAAAAGACUUUUGCAUUUUUUUUACUUUACUUUCUCCUAAUGUUUCGUUGAGCGUGGGAAAAGGAAAUUACAGGUGACGAAUUGUUAAGUCAGUGACGACAAAAGUUUGGAAAAAGGGGAAAGUCCCAUCAGUAAGAAAAGGAUGGAGUGGUGGCAUAGGACGAAGGCACGUGCGUCCCUUAUUUGUCGAGUAGGGAUGGGAGUGGGGUGAAAACGUGCUAGAACGACGUCGUGACGGCGGCCAAAUCAACAGGGCAAGACAAACCGAAUGUUAACAACACACGCGCAAGAACAUCGUACACGUGGUGGUAGCACGUUACGACAAACGUCUGACACGCGACUAGUUCCGAUAUCUGUAAUCUUAUGUCUAGCAAGUGUUAGUGGACAGUGCUUUAAGACUUCAUGGACCAUUCCCUGUCUCACAAUGCACCACUUCAUUGGGGCUAUCCUGUCUCAGGAACACCUUCCAAUAAUCCUUCGCCUUCUUCUUGGGCAUCUACAACAACCAGAUCGUCCAAGAGACCUCUAUCAGAAAGUGAAGACUGCGACGCAUUUUCAGAAGGUUCUUCAAAAGACCAAUGUACAUCCCCGGCGGAUGCCGAUAGUUGCCAGAUGCUAUCGAGAAAAAAACGAAGAGGUGUAAUAGAAAAGAAACGUCGUGAUAGAAUAAACACAUCUUUAUCGGAAUUAAAACGGCUAGUUCCUAGCGCAUUCGAAAAACAAGGUUCAGCUAAACUGGAAAAAGCGGAAAUCCUACAAAUGACCGUAGACCAUCUGAAGAUGCUACAUGCUAAAGGUUUAGAUGCCUUGGCAUAUGAUCCUCACAAAUAUGCUAUGGACUACCAUGGAAUGGGUUUCCGAGAAUGUGUGGCAGAAGUGAUCAGGUAUCUUGAAAGAAUAGAAGGACUCGAUGUCCAAAAUCCAUUAAGAUUAAGAUUAACGUCUCAUCUUCAAUGUUGCGCUGCGCAACGCGAGCUAGCUUCCAAACAGGCUGCUGCAGCGGCUACUUCUCCAUGGACAUAUGGAACUACUCAAUAUCCUCCAUUAAAUCCGUUACCACCUACUGCCACAGCUACUAAUCCAAGUAACAUCACGUCUCAUCAUCAGCCAACUUCUAGUCUUCAUUCGCAAACGAUGCACGAAUUAUCUCAUUUUGACUUACCGACGUCGUGUUCUCAAACUACCGUUUCUUCCAUGUUAGAACCUCCUUCAAGAUUAACGCAUUCAACAACUGUCCUUACCCCUCUGACCACACCAAGUACAUCAUCGUUACCUUAUAGUCCACACCAAUAUCCACCUAAUUCCUUUGCAGUACCACCUACUACGAGUCAUCAUCAAAAUUACAAUCAAAGUAAUCCCAAUACUCAGGGUAUGAAACCCUACAGGCCAUGGGGAGCUGAAGUAGCUUAUUAAUAAUAAAUUGUGCUACAUUUUUAAAAAAAUGUAGAAAAACUAGUCAUGAGCUUUCAAAGGGCUAUUAACAAUAGUCCAAUAGUUUUAAAAGAUUAAAUAAAAAGGAAAAACUGUAAUCUUUGAGAGCUGAAUAUACAAUUUAUUUUUAAAUUGUGAAUAAUUGCUUUAAUGUGUAGUCAUUUUUGUACCUUAAAAGAGUAUUUCAUAUUUAAUUUAUUAUUAUGUAGCUGUAAGAAAUAUACUGUGUGCCUUCAACGAUCUCAUAAAUAUACAAUUAAAUAUACAAAUAAAUAAAUUGUGAUCCAAAUUAA